UAGGAGUAAAGCCUGCAGCUGAGACAGCACGGUGGAGAGCAGCAGUGGGGGGGACAACACGAUCCUGUCAUGAAGGUUCCCCCAUCAGAGAAAACAAGAGGAGGAUUUCUGUCAAGCUGAGGAGGACAUGCGUCACCGAGCGGAGAGGGAAGUUAGAGAGAAGCCCACAACGACCUGCGAUGAGGUGGACGUGAAGGAGGCCAACUUCAUCCGGACAACAGAGAUUUGUGGAACAAUGCUGAGGACCAGAGGGUCUUCCUGAACACCAUGAAGCAGGCAAAAGGGCAGAGACAUGGUAAGGUGGCGUCCAAUGAGAGCAGGCGGCGGCCGCUGUCAUCAGGUGAUGUGGAGGGCUCAUCGUGGCAGGGACCACGAACCAUUUACCUCCAAAAGAACUCCCAGGGAUUCGGAUUCACAUUACGCCACUUCAUUGUCUACCCACCAGAGUCGUCCGUCCACUGCCUGAAGGGAGACGAAAAUGGCAGCACACCAGAAAGAAUUGGUCAGCCGCCACGUUUGGAGCCAGUGGACACCAUAUUUGUGAAGAGCGUGAAGGAAAAUGGACCUGCUCAUGAAGCUGGACUGUGCACUGGUGACAGACUGGUAAGGGUGAAUGGAGAGUCAGUCCUGGGGAAGACCUACUCACAGGUCAUCAUGCUUAUCCAAAACAGUGAAGAUAUCUUGGAGCUCUCCAUCAUGCCAAAGGAUGAGGAUGUGCUGCAGUUGGUAAGUGCGUACUCCCAAGAUGCCUCUCUAAGGGGCGAUAUCCUUCGCUCAAGUAAGGGGCUGGAUCUCAGAGAAUCCCCUCCCCUCUGCUACCCUUCCACCAAGUGUCAGCCCAGUCCUGGCAGCCACACACCCCCGGACAAUUGGCAGUGCAGACUCAGUGCAAUGGAUAAUUGCCCCUCUGCUGACGCCGUCCUCACCCCCGGCUGGUCCGGGGUUUCUGACGAGUCCAGCUACGGUCCGGCACGGAGAAACGGAGGACAGUUCUCUGCCAUCAAUGCACUCGAUUUUCAUUUUGCUAACCACAAUGCUGCCAUUGCCUCUGCAACACUGCCCCCACCUCGAAAGAACAGCCUGCCAACCUCCUUCCGUUCAUACACCAGCCCCCCCUGCAGCCAGGCCCUGUCGGACUGGUACUACAGCCAGGCCAAGGUGGCAGAGCACGUGUCCUCCCACCACCGCAGUAUAUCUCAAGAUCAACUAGAGGAGCUGGGGUUGAGUCUGGCACUUGGCCCCGCCCUUACCACCUCUGCUGGCCAACGCAGAAGAGAAACCCUGCUACUCCACCACCCAGCAGCUGCUGCAUCCCAUGACCCCCGCUGGUUGAGGGGUUGUGGCAGAACAUCGGACUCUGGGGGCAGGCCCUGCUCAGAGAGCCUAAUGGCAGCCUAUGCUGAAUACGAGCACAACUAUGGGCGCUCCGUGGAAACUCUAACACAAGCCUCACAGCUGGUCUCCUCGCGUUCCAAAAUCAUUCCCCAGAAUCCUGAGCAAAAAGCCUCAGGAGGACAUCAACACAGCACAGCCCCUACCAUGAUGCCACCUAGCAGCAGGCAGCCAGGUCAGCAGGUAGCCGAACCCCAAACGAGACGAGUGAAAGAGGAGGAGCUGGGGGGGUAUAAAAGUCGAAAACCCUCCAACAAAGCCGGUCACGUCCUACAACACACCCAGUCUCUCAGGGAACCCAGCUAUAGAGGCCCCCACCUCCACUGGAGCCCCGGCACCACAGAAAACAAGGAAAUAGUGCUGUCAGCCCGGCCCCAGUCUGCUACGGUUCUGUCUGCCUCAGAUGAGGAGGCAGUCCAGGCUGGGGAGUACAGAGAGGUCAUGUCCUCAGAGUUAGUGUUGAGACCAAAGCCCCCUUUGAUGCCUUCACACUACAGUCCACCAGCAGAGGUGUCUUCCCAGCUGACUUCAACCACACCCUCGCCUGGAUCUACCCCCAGCCGCAGAGCCAACGGCAGUUUGGCACAGCAUGCCUUUGACUCGCUGUCCUCUAUUCCCUUCAUAGGCAGCAUUAAAAGCCGUCGGUCCUCCUAUCUUCUGGCCAUCACCACUGAAAGGUCCAAGUCCUGCGAUGAGGGUCUCAACACAUUCAGAGAAGAAGGGCAUGUCUUUUCAAAACUACCAAAGAGGGUCAGGAGCUUCUUCACUGAUGGGUCACUGGAGAGCUUGCAGGCUCAGGAGGAGGCCUGCUCAAAGCGUCACUCCACCUCAGAGCUGGGAACCACAGCCUUUAGUGAUGUCCGCAAGGAGGGCUGGCUGCAUUACAAACAGAUCCUGACAGAGAAGGGAAAAAAAGUGGGCGGCAGUAUACGACCCUGGAAGCACGCCUUCACAGUGUUACGCUCCCACCUGCUUUUCCUCUAUAAAGACAAGCGGGAGGCUGUGCUCCAUGCUGCAGGGGCGGGGCCUAGCCAGGAAGAGCAUCCCCCGAUCUGUAUCCGUGGCUGUCUCAUUGAUAUUGCCUACAGUGAGACCAAGCGAAAGCACACCCUGAGACUGACCACGCAAGACUUCUGCGAGUACCUGCUGCAGGCCGAGGACAGGGACAGCAUGUUGGCCUGGAUCAGGGUCAUCAGGGAGAGCAGCAAAACAGACAAUGAGGAGAUCGGUUUCUCAAGACAAGCUCUCAUCAACAAGAAACUGAAUGAUUACCGCAAACACAGCCUGACAGGAAACAAGCCAGACUCUUCGCCAAAAUCCCACCGAAUGAUGCCUCCCUUCCUUUUUGCCAAAACUGACAACGCUUCUGUGAACCGAGUCUCCAGAUCAGAUGAGAACAAGGCACUGUGGGGCAUCAGUCUCAUGAAGAAAGCAAAGAAGACAAGCAGCCCCAAAGCUUUUGGGAUUCGACUGGAGGACUGUCAACCUGCUGUCAACCAUAAAUUUGUUCCUCUCAUUGUGGAGAUGUGCUGUGGAGUUGUGGAAACCACGGGUCUGGAGUACACUGGAAUCUAUCGUGUACCUGGUAACAAUGCCAUGGUGUCCAACCUCCAGGAGCAUCUCAACAAGGGCCUGGACAUCAACACCACUGAAGAGAGAUGGCAGGACCUCAAUGUCAUAAGUAGUUUGCUGAAAUCCUUCUUCAGAAAACUGCCUGAGCCUCUGUUCACUGAUGACAAAUACAGUGACUUUAUUGAAGCCAAUAGGAUCAAAGACACGGAGGAAAGGCUGAAAACCAUGAAGAAACUGAUUCACGACCUUCCAGAUUACUAUCAUCACACCCUGAAGUUCCUGGUUGGCCAUUUGAAGAGAGUGGCAGAUCACUCUGAAAAGAAUAAGAUGGAACCUAGAAAUUUAGCCCUGGUGUUUGGCCCCACACUGGUAAGGACGUCGGAGGACAACAUGACCGACAUGGUCACCCACAUGCCCGACCGUUACAAGAUAGUGGAGACUCUCAUUGUGCAUCACGACUGGUUCUUCAGCGAUGCGGAUCUGGACCAGGAUGAGAAGGCUCCUGAGGACAAGCAGGGCAUCGAGCCUGCGCCCAACAUUGACCAUCUGCUGUCCAACAUCGGGCGUCCGGGUAUGCCUGGAGACACUUCAGGUUCCACCACCAGCGAUUCUUUUAAGUCCAAGAUCUCAUCAACCCCCAAGAAAGACCUGAAUCCCAUGGACUUCCUUCCCAAGUCCAUUGUCUCAGCUGUGACCCGGAAACGUAAGAAAUGCCUGAGCGCCCCCCCCAGCAGCAGCAGCAUCGACGAGGACUCUGACCAUGAACCAGUGAAAGCCACCAACUAUGGAGAAGAGGAGGACAGAGAGGAGGAAGAGCCAGCCAAGGAGGGACAUACCUUUUCCAAAAGCGAGCAAGGGCAGGGGGGAGACGAACCGACUCCAGACAGCGCUGGGGGAGCAGAGGAGUGGAGAGAAGACCUGGAAAAGGAGAUUGAAAUUGGAAACAGGGGAAGAAGCGACUUACCUUCACCCCAUCACUCUGGUCUUCGAGCCCCGCCUCCUAUUGACCCUUACCCUCUAAAGGGCCACAGUCCGGCCAGAGGACGACCUAUUCCCUUCUGGGUCCCCCCCAGCAUGUAUCCCAACCUAUAUCAGCCGCCCAGCCGUCAGGGGAUGCAGCCGCCCCACAUGGGCCAGUCAGUCCGAUUCAGGAAGAACAUUGGAGAACGGGCCAGGGCCCGGUCCAUGUGCUUGGACAGUGAGCUGGACAAGAGUGAGCGGAGAGCCAGAGGAUGGAGAGCAGACAAGGUGGAGGUGAUCAGGGUGAUGGAGGGGACAAUGGGGCCACGGGGAUCAGUUCUUAGUCCUGGGUCACUCCAGAAAAUGGAUUCCCUCCCUUUCUCGUUCUCUUCUCCUUCCUGGAUCGACCCGAGAGCUCAGAGGUCUUCCACUGUGGUCCUGAGGGGGUUGGCCCCACGGGACAAAACGAGGGCACUGCGGCGCCACACUGUGGUGGUUUGAGACAGUCUACCCCCCAGCGUGAGGCUAAGUUGUAUCCAAUACACCCUGACCUCCUGACAAUUGCUAUUUCCACUUUCAAAGAUGAGAAAACGAGGCUUUAAGCAGCAAACUGUGGAGGAAGGGACCCACUCACCCCACUUCUCUACACUAAUCUUGUUUUUAAAUGGUGUGAACAAAAACAAUAUCUGAUGUGUUCUCUGAGCAGGAAAGGAAACAGGUUCUUCUAUAUGUGUUCAGUUUGACCCCUUUGUGAAGUGACCUGCUCAAAGUGAAAUUCUGCCUAAAUGAAUUUUUGAGUUGAGAGGUACUUAAGGCAGUUUAAAGCAAACUGAACUGUUACAGUAAAAGCAUCCAAACAUUCAUGAAGACAGACAGCCUGCAGGUCCAAGAAGCGUCUUGACAAAAACAGGCCAGCAAAUAAUCUGGAUUUUUGUUUUUUCUGCGAUGGAAUUGAUGAAAAAGUAACUUUUAGUUUUGUAAAAACGUGAAGAAAACAUGUCGGCCGCCCCUUAUCUCCAGCCGUCUCUGUAUCUCUGCACGCUCCUACCGUUCAAGGACCAACUUAUAACUUCUAACCUGUUUAUAUGAAUAUAAAAUAAAUUAUUUGUUUUGGAA